GAGAAUACGUUGUUAUGACCACGCAUUUCCACCUGAAGAGAAAGAUCGGCUAUUUUGUGAUUCAAACGUACCUGCCGUGCAUAAUGACGGUGAUUCUGUCCCAGGUCUCUUUCUGGCUCAACAGAGAGUCUGUGCCAGCAAGGACGGUCUUUGGAGUGACAACUGUGCUCACCAUGACAACCCUGAGUAUCAGUGCGAGAAAUUCCCUCCCUAAGGUGGCGUACGCGACCGCCAUGGAUUGGUUCAUCGCCGUGUGCUACGCCUUUGUGUUCUCAGCUCUGAUCGAGUUUGCCACCGUGAACUAUUUCACCAAGAGAGGUUAUGCAUGGGACGGCAAAAGUGUGGUUCCAGAAAAGCCAAAGAAAGUGAAGGAUCCUCUUAUUAAGAAAAACAACACUUAUGCUCCCACAGCAACCAGCUACACCCCUAAUUUGGCCAGGGGUGACCCUGGCUUAGCCACCAUUGCUAAAAGUGCAACCAUAGAACCGAAAGAAGUCAAGCCAGAAACAAAACCACCAGAACCCAAGAAAACCUUUAACAGCGUCAGCAAAAUUGACCGGCUGUCAAGAAUAGCCUUCCCACUGCUAUUUGGAAUCUUUAACUUGGUCUACUGGGCCACAUAUUUAAACAGAGAGCCUCAGCUAAAAGCCCCCACCCCGCAUCAAUAGGUCCUUCUGUUCACAUUCUGUUGUUCCGUCCUCUACACUGGGAAUUGCUUUCUGUUCUCAACGCAGUGAUUCCCAUCUGCUUUAUUGCCUCUGUCUUAAAGAAUGUGAAGGUUUCCUUAUUUCCAUAAUUCAUACAAGAACAACAGACCCCUGACUGGCAGUUCAGAGCAGAGCAGAGCAUCCAGCUGAGAGAUGGGAUUCUGAGAGAGGGAGAGAGGGAUAGAGAGAGAGCGCGCGCGCACAAAAUCACAACAGAAGGAGACAGAACGAGAAAGAGGAGGGAAGGAGGAGGAAGUAGGUCCAAAGAUGUGAGGAAAAGUAGAAGGAAAAAAAAACAACAACUGUAACUCCAGGUCAUCUGUAGAUAUAUAUUUCCAAAUAUUCUAAAAAAACAAAAAAAAAGAAGAUACUGUAUAUGUCAAAAAUAUUUUUAUGUGAAGGUGUUUAAAAGAAUAAAUUAUAAAUGUUUAAUGCAGAAAAAUUUUCAAGAAUUGAUGUCUUUAUUACACAAACUAUGGUGUGCAUACAUUUUGUUUUUUAAACUGAGGUGUAACUUUCACAUUUUGUUUCCAAAGCUAAAAUUCCCUAUCCUGUUUCCUUUUACAAAUGCCGAAUGUUGUUUUGUUGCUAAAUGCUAUUUUAAAUUUCAUGGACAUUGCACAGGCAAAGGAGCCUUUCCUCACUGUACAGCACAUUUAAUCCAAUGGAGAGAAAGGCUUUAAAUAGGCUAUUUUGCAAUCAUCUGAGCUUUUAAUCCCUAGUCUUGAUAAUCAUUUUAACAGAGAUAUACACUCAAUAAAAACUAAAAAAAAAAGUAAUAAUAAAAUUAAAUAAUUUUAAAAAGAUUCCCUUUCCCACUGUCUAUUUCCAGACAGCACCUGGGUCCAAUAAUCAUUUGAUUCUCAUCAUGAAGAUGUUUUUAGAGGGGCAAAAAUAUUUUGCAAGCUGAAGAACUGUUGAAUGUAUUAUUUUAUAUAACAGUACAUUAAAAGCUUUAGAUUGAAAUUUAUGACUAGUAAAAAUAGAAUAUAUAAAUUAUACAUGUAAAUAUACAGCAUGAGACUGUACAUUUUUUACUUUUUUUUUUUAAGUUGUGUUCUUAAAAUAUUGUGUAAGACUCACCGCUCUUAGCUGUUAGAAUGUUGUUAAGUGCUAUGGAAAUACCUUUAGAGCCUGCGCUUAAGACGAGGACAGCUUGCAGGGAUCUGAUGGGACUAAAGAUACAUGGGUAUGAAGUCCACUGACACAAGGAAAGCUCACCAUUUCAAACUAUGGUCCAGUGGACAGCAGCAAAUCGGUUUCUAUGUGCUCACGUUAUGCCACAUGUCCCUAUUUGAGGCUCUUGUAAUAUAGAAAGACAAUGGAAAGCAUUAGUGGGAGCUAGAAAAUCAACUGUAAAUUAUUGCUAUCUUUGCUGAUACCAACUAUUUCAAUAAGUGUUGUACCAUAUGUAGCAUUAAAUUAAAAAAAUAUAUGAAAGAAUGUACAGAAUAGCUUUUAUUGAGUAAUAUUAGAUUUUAUUUAUACUGUAGCAAUAUAUUUGUAGGUAUCCUAUGUAAGGGCUUUAACUGCAAGUGGUCCAUUAAUACUCCCUAUGAAAAUUCUAGUCUGUUUCACUAUUUCCCAGAUGUUUUAGAGAUAAAUAUUUAUGCAGAAGGUAUUUUUGAAGUCUCCUCUUGUCUGAUAGAGUUACAGAGAUAUUUAAAAUUAGCAUCCAGAAUCCAUAGGUCAUGGUCCAAAUACAUUUAAAAUACUACAACAUAAGCCUAUCAGCAUAAUUGCCAAAUAUGACAGUUGGGAUUCAUACGCAAGCUUGGAGCAAUGUUUUUUUCUCAAAAAGCUGCUAUCCAAUGAUGUUGGAGAAUGCACUGCGUUUUCCUAAACAAACUCUGGCUUUCUUUUUAAAUGUGCUUUAUUGUUUGAUUUGGUCCUGCCUAAGUUCGAUGAGCUAGGCCAACAAAGGCUGAACCAAGGAUGUUUCAUCCUCCGGUAUCUUGUGUAGAUAUCAUGUAUAGAAAAUAAAAUACAAUAUGGCUCUAACUACUGUGUUGCUGUUUAUCUUGUUAUUUUUCGGCGUUAACCUAAUGUGUUUAUUAAGAACAUUUUAUCUUCCAGACUCCUCAUGGCUAACAUUUGGUCUGUAUUCUGCUCAUUAGAUGUGAAUAUUUACUAGUCUGCUUUCUGCUAUGCAAUGACUGCAUUUCUAUCAUUUCCUAGUUUGUUAGUAUAUGUGGGUAGUAUUCUAUUGUAUAAAUUGAUUGCACAAUUUAUCAAAGACAAAUUAUUCUAUGUAUCUUUUCUACAGUGCUUUGCUAAACCAUGUAAUACUAGUUAAGUCUUCCUUGAAACACACUCUUAUAGAGGACAGUUACUGUUUACUCCCGGGAAUAUUUUUUAAAAGAUGACACUGAAUGUUUAUUGCACCUUAGUGCAGUGAAGUGGCAAUAAAACCUAACAUGAAUUGAGGUUGUUUAUGGCAGAUGCAUGUCUUGCUUUACAGAGUUUAGCAAAAGCUCUUAAUUUUAUGUCAUACUGUAUUCGAUUAUAAUAAUAAAGCUAACAUUAUUCAAUAACAA